AUGUUAACGAAUAUAAUAAUUUUGAUAAUAUUAUAUCUUUUUUAUGAUUUUUGUUAUAAAAAUUUUAAAUAUAGAAACUAUGGAUCCCCUUGGGCUUUACCGGUUAUUGGUCACUUUAUUCAUGUUAUAAAUCAACCACAUUUAGUUGUACAUAAUGACCGAAUGAAAUAUAAUAAUGGAAGAUUUGUAAAUUAUUGGUUUGGUGAUUAUUUAUCAAUUGCAAUUACUGAUCCAAUACUAUAUAAAAAAAUAUAUUUAAAUUUUCCAAAACAAAUAAAUUCAAGAUUAAAAUCCCCAACAGUAUUAAAUAUUUCCGAAAGAUUUAGAGGGAUAAUUUCAUCAAAUGAAAAUAAUUGGGAUUUUCAUCAUGGGAUUUUAAGUAAAUUAUUUAAUGGUCAUAAAGCCAAAAUUAAUAAUUUUUUAUUUGAAAAAGAAACAAAAUUUAUUAUUGAAUAUAUGAAAAAAAUUUCCAAAUCUGGUGAAAAUUUUGACACUAGAUCAAAUUUUUUAUAUUUUUAUUCAAAUAUUUUAUUUGAUUAUAUAUUAGGUAAAAGAGUUGAAAACAUUUAUGAAAAUGAAUUAAGAAAAGAUAGAAAAAAAUUUAUGGUAUCUAUUCAAGAAGUAAUGGAUUCUGUUGGCCUUAUAAAAUUUUUAAAUUAUUUGAUACUUUCAUAUCCAUUUCUUAGUAUAUAUUUAAGAUAUUUCACAUAUACAACUUUUAAUUUAAAAAAGAUAUUAAAACAAUAUUAUGAUGAACAUUUAGAAACAAUUGAUUUAAAUAAACCAAGAGAUGUUUUAGAUAAUUUAAUUAUGGAGUAUAAAAAUCAAAAUGCUAUAGAAUGUGAUAAAUCAUUUGUUGCAAUUGCAAUUGAAUUACUUGCUGCUGGUACAGAUACAAAUUCAUCAACUAGUGAAUGGUUUUUGACUUAUUUAGUAAAUAACCCUAUAUAUCAAGAUAAAAUAUAUGAUGAAUUAAUUGGUGCUUUGAAAAUUAAUAAACCAUUAAAAGGUAGUGAUGUUUUAAUUAAUUUAUCACAUAGACCAUUGACUCCAUUAUUUAAUGCAACAUUAAAAGAAGUAUUACGUCUUAUUCCAGCAACACCUUUUUCUGUGCCAAGAAUGUCAAAUGAAGGAUUUGAAGUUGAUGGAAUUAAAAUUCCAAAAGGUACAUACUUAUUUCCAUCAAUGUAUUCAAUUUUUAGAGAUGAAAAGUAUUGGGGUGAAAAUGCAAAUAAAUUUUAUCCAGAAAGAUUUUUAACAGAUUCACACUCAAACAAUUACUUUCCUUAUGGUGUUGGUAAAAGGAUGUGUCUUGGUUCAAAUUUUAGUCAACAUGAAUUAUAUAUUUGUUUAACAAAUAUAGUAUUAAAUUUUAAAAUAAAAAGUAUUGAUGGUAAACCAUUAAAUGAAAUACCAAAUUAUGGUAUAACAUUUAGACCAAACAUUUUUGAAGUUAAAUUAGAAAAUCGUUAG